AUGGCGUCCCGCUUGGAUACCCUGGACACGAGCAUGUCCAUGCAGUCCUUGCACAGCAAGGAGGAGAUCGAGGAGGGCGAAGGCGUCCGGGUCUACAUCCGCGUGCGCCCUGCGACGGAACGGGAGGUGUCCGUGGCCAGCCCCAAGGCGGUCACCGUGGAGGGCAGUUCCGUGCUGCUGAAAUCCGACCCCCCGAGGAGCUUCACUUUCGACGGGGUGCUGGGGGAGUCUGCCACUCAGCAGGAAGUCUUUGAGACGGUGGGCCGAUCCGUGGGCUCGAGCUGUUUGGCCGGCUACAACGGGAGCGUCUACGUCUACGGCCAGACGGGCGCUGGGAAGACCCACACCAUGUGCGGGCCGGUGGGCUCCGUUCAGUCCAUGCAGUUUGACGAGCGCCGGGGCAUCAUUUGCCGCAUGCUGGACUACGUCUUCUCGGAGAUCGCCCGGCGGGGGAAGGAGGAGAAUGGCACGGAGCACUCCUGUAGAUGCUCCUUCCUGGAGAUCUACAAGGAGCAGAUCACGGACCUGCUGGAACCUCAGAACACAAACUUGCAAGUCCGCGAGGACCUCCAGCGGGGGGUCUACGUGGAGCGCCUGUCGGAGCUCGCCUGCGGGAACCUCACCGAGGCCUUCCAGGCGCUCUGGCGGGGGCUUCAGCAGCGGCAAGUAGGCUCCACCCACAUGAACGAGCAGAGCUCGCGGUCCCACGCGGUCUUCACUCUCUAUGUGGAGGCAGCCCGGAGCCGCGCCGGCGUCACCUCCACGCGGGCGGCCAGCCUGAAUCUGGUGGACCUCGCUGGAUCCGAGCGCCAGCAGCACGCCGGGGAUCCCCGAGCGCAGACCUACGAAAGCUUGCGAGUCAAGGAGGCAGCCGCCGUGAACAAGAGCUUGAUGGCCCUGACCAAUGUCAUCAUGUCCCUGUCGCGGGAAGAGAGGUCCAAGCGGCGGCGCCGCGGCAGCAACUAUGUGCAUUACCGCGACAGCAAGCUGACCUUUCUGCUGAGAGACUCCUUGGGGGGCAACUCCAAAACCGUGGUGGUAGCCAACGUGAGCCCAGCCCAGAUCUGCUGCGCCGAGACGGUGUCUACGCUGAAGUUCGCGGCCCGGGCGAAGCACAUCCGCUGCUCCGUGGUGAGGAACGAGGCCUUCAGCGGAACGGUGGAGAGCCUCAUGGAAGAGGUGAAGUUGCUGCGGAAGGAGCUCGUCCAGCUCAGCGGCCGGAGCUUCGAGCGCGCCAAAGGGCUGUCGCUGGACAGCUCCAAGGCUGUGCUGGAGGAGCCUGAGGCUGAGGACCGCGAGGAGGAGGCGCCUCACCUCAGCAGCCAGCAGCGGGUGACGCGCCUGGAGGUGCUGCUGGCUGCGGCCUUGGAGCGGGAGCAGCAGGCGGAGCAGAAGGGGCACCGCCUGCAGCGCCUCUCCGGGUUCCUGGAGGACCUAGACUUCCGGAAGUGCCACGGCGUGCGGAAGCUCCACAAGGAGUACUGGGAGCAGUUGGUGCCUCAAGUCGAGGCGUCUUCCAUCACAGAUGACCCGGAGGUGCAGGCGCACGCCGAGCGAAGCGCCACGCGCGCGCCAUGCGCGCGCCAUGCGCGCGCCCUGCGCAUCGCCCGAGCGUCGGCGCAUUCGAAGGAGCUCUCCUCCAAGCUGAAGAGCCGGGGCCCAAAGCCCGAGAGCCGGAGAGAUCCGCGUGCUAUAGGCGCGAUGGCGCAGAUCGCCUACAUGCUCGACCGAUCCGUGCUGGGCAGGUCCAGGUCGUUGCCCGACUGGACGGCGACGGCGUUAAUCCCGGCGGCCGACAUGCGGGAACCAUGGUCGGUGUUGGUCGCGCAGUGCCUGACACCGGGGCGCAUGCGACCGUGGCCCUGCUUGCCAUCGGCAUGA